CUUUAGUUGCUUAUCCGUCGUUGUAGAGAACAGUUGUUAGCAGAGGGCUCGUGUAUUAUUUUUAAUUUUUGCUGUGAAAACAAGACACUAGUGAAGGCCAAAGAAGGCAUUGCAAAAGAGAAACAAAUCCAAAAUAACAACAAUGGCCAAACCUACUUUGUAUUAUGCUCUAUUUAGUCCACCGGCUAGAGCUUGCAUGAUAACAGCAAAAUUGAUUGGCCUGGAUAUCGACUUAAAACCUGUCGACUUUUCACAGAAGGAACACCUGAGUGAGGAAUUCCUAAAGUUAAACCCACAGCAUCAGAUACCGGUCUUUGUAGAUACAGAUGGAGAGGCGUAUAUUGACAGCCACGCCAUUAUCUGUUUCAUGGUGGGGAAAUAUGGCAAGGAUGAUAAACUUUAUCCAAAGGACUUAAAGCAAAGGGCUCAUGUUGAUCAUCGGCUGCAUUAUGAAAAUGGCGUUCUCUUCCAAGUAAUCAAAGACAUCGUGGCUCGCAAUAUUUAUGGAGGUGAAGCCGAAUUCAAUCCCAAAACUCUUAUCCAAUGUGAGAACGCGUACGGAUUUCUGGAAGCGUUUCUUACAAAGGGACAAUAUGUGGUCGGCAACGAUAUGACAUUGGCCGAUAUAUCCAUUAACACAACCCUUGUAACAUUGAAUCUUUUAUUGCCCGUUAAUGCAGAGAAAUACCCUUUAACUGUGGCCUGGAUGGAACGGAUGAAAUCAUUGCCAGAUUAUGAUGAAGUCAAUAUAAAAGGUGCUGAAGCUUUGUGCAAUCGCAUCAGAGGGGUAAUGAGUGCUACCAAAAAUUAAGCAGGAACAAAAUAAAAGUUGAAUUCAAUACAGAAUGGACAGAGAUUAAAGCAGAAACAUUGUAUGCUGUUGGAAAAUUGAUAACCUUUUAUUGUUAAUAUUAUUCCGUUUUUAGACUGUUUUUUGUCGGUUAAAUGAUUUUAUUUAUUGCCAAUAUUUCGCAAAUCAUCGCUUUUCAUCAUCAGAGCGGUAUGUUUGAAUUGGUCACAUAUUUUUUCAAUUCAAACAUACCGCUCUGAUGAUGAUUUGCGAAAUAUAAGCAGUUAAUAAAAAUCAUAAAACCGACAAAAAAAACAAUCACAUCUGGAUUCGAUGAUUUGCAAAAUAUAAACAGUAAAUAAAAAUCGCAAAGCCAACAAAAAACAA